AUGUCAUACACUGAACUCGAACAUGGCUAUCAAGGGUUGCGGCAAGCUACACAACCACAAUUUUACGUUGGUGACGACGGAAAUCUUGUUCCAAUAAGAUCACCUACUGUAGUGAUAGUUGUAAUGGAGUGGCAAUGGGUGAAAGACUGGUGGCGCUUAAAGAGGUGGAGAAAUAAAAAAACAAAAGAGCAAAGCGAUGAUGACUUUUGCUAUUGUGAUGAAUGUUUACCUGAUGGCGAAUUAGAUCUGUGCGAAUCACUGGAUUACGAUGGGAGCGGCAAGAAAGUGGUGGUCGGCGUCUGCGCCAUGGCCAAGAAGUCGCAAUCGAAGCCGAUGAAGGAAAUCCUAACACGACUGGACGAAUUCGAGUACAUAAAAAUGCUCGUCUUCCCCGAGGAGGUUAUACUUAAGAAACCUGUAGAGGAAUGGCCUAUAUGCGAUUGUCUCAUCUCAUUUCAUUCCAAAGGCUUUCCGCUAGAUAAAGCAAUACAAUACGAGAAAUUACGGAAGCCAUACGUCAUAAACAAUCUUCAUAUGCAGUAUGAUAUACAAGAUCGUAGGAGAGUUUACGCAAUAUUAGAAAACGAGGGAAUUGAAAUUCCAAGAUAUGCCGUCCUUGACAGGGAUUCCCCUGAUCCCAAACACCAUGAAUUAGUGGAAUCCGAGGAUCACGUGGAAGUGAAUGGUGUCGUGUUCAAUAAGCCGUUCGUGGAAAAACCGGUGUCGGCGGAGGACCAUAAUAUUUACAUUUACUACCCGACCUCCGCUGGCGGUGGUAGUCAACGGCUGUUUAGAAAGAUUGGCAGUAGAAGUAGUAUUUAUUCGCCGGAAUCUCGUGUAAGGAAGACUGGUUCUUUUAUAUACGAAGACUUUAUGCCUACAGACGGCACAGACGUAAAAGUAUAUACAGUAGGGCCAGACUACGCACACGCCGAGGCGCGAAAGAGCCCGGCGCUCGACGGCAAAGUCGAACGGGACUCUGAGGGCAAGGAGAUACGCUAUCCUGUGAUAUUGUCGAACCAGGAGAAACUUAUCAGUCGAAAGGUGUGUUUGGCGUUUAAGCAAACAGUUUGUGGCUUCGAUUUAUUGCGGGCCAACGGCAAGUCGUUCGUCUGCGAUGUGAACGGAUUCUCGUUCGUGAAGAACUCAAAUAAGUACUAUGACGACUGUGCCAAGAUACUCGGGAAUAUGAUCCUUAGGGAGUUGGCACCAACGUUGCAUAUUCCCUGGUCGGUGCCGUUUCAACUCGACGACCCGCCCAUAGUGCCCACUACGUUCGGAAAGAUGAUGGAACUGCGUUGUGUUGUGGCUGUGAUAAGACAUGGAGAUAGGACGCCUAAGCAGAAGAUGAAGGUCGAAGUUAGGCAUCCAAGAUUCUUUGAGAUAUUUGAAAAGUACGACGGCUUCAAGCGAGGGCAUGUGAAGCUGAAGAAGCCGAAACAACUGCAAGAGAUCCUCGAUAUUGCGCGUGCGCUGCUUGCUGAUAUUCACACUCGACACGCUGAUCCCGAAAUCGAGGAGAAGCAGGGCAAGCUGGAACAGCUCAAGAGCGUGCUUGAAAUGUACGGUCACUUUUCUGGCAUCAAUCGCAAGGUGCAAAUGAAGUACCAGCCUCGGGGUCGGCCUCGCGGCUCCUCCUCGGACGACGGUAACACCCCCGCAACCCCCGCUACACCUGCAGACGUAGGUUGCGCGGGUGAGCCAUCGCUUGUACUGAUCCUGAAGUGGGGCGGGGAGCUGACGCCAGCGGGACGUAUCCAGGCAGAGGAAUUGGGCAGGAUGUUCCGCUGUAUGUACCCUGGCGGGCAGGGUAGACAUAUACCCGGUGAGGCUGGAACUCAAGGGCUGGGCCUGCUUCGUCUACACUCGACGUUCCGACACGAUCUUAAGAUAUACGCAUCAGACGAGGGUAGAGUACAAAUGACAGCAGCGGCGUUUGCCAAAGGUCUACUGGCUCUGGAAGGUGAACUUACGCCCAUACUUGUCCAAAUGGUCAAGUCUGCGAAUACCAACGGCCUACUCGAUAACGACUGCGACUCGUCGAAAGUGCAGAAUAUGGCUAAAGCUCGUCUCCACGAAGCGAUGCAGGCGGACCGCGAGUUCACAGCUGAAGACCGAGCACGCAUCAAUCCCUGCUCAUCCUUGAGCAUCAACGCUGCUAUGGACUUCGUCAAGAACCCGGUGCGAUGCUGUGCCCAUGUGCACAUGCUCAUACAACAGCUCGUGAAAAUCGUUCUCACUAAGAAAGACGAUCCUAAAACUAAAGAUACAAUACUUUACCAUGGCGAGACUUGGGAGUUAAUGGGACGACGCUGGGGCAAAAUAGAAAAGGACUUUUGCACGAAACACAAAUCGUUUGACAUUUCCAAGAUACCAGAUAUCUACGACUGCAUUAAAUACGACUUGCAGCACAAUCAACACACGCUGCAGUUUGACCUUGCAGAAGAGCUGUAUAUGUACGCCAAAUAUCUGGCCGAUAUUGUUAUACCACAGGAAUACGGAUUGACGAUGCAAGAGAAAUUGACAAUCAGUCAAGGUAUAUGCACUCCACUGCUAAAGAAGAUUCGAGCAGAUUUACAAAGAAAUAUUGAAGAAUCAGGAGAAGAGAAUGUUAAUAGAUUGAAUCCCAGGUACAGUCACGGUGUGUCUAGUCCCGGUCGCCACGUGCGGACGCGGCUGUACUUUACCAGUGAGAGUCAUGUGCAUUCGCUGUUGACUGUGCUGAGAUUUGGGGGGUUACUAGAUAUUGUGAAAGACGAACAAUGGCGACGGGCUAUGGAGUACGUGUCUAUGGUGUCGGAGCUGAACUAUAUGUCUCAAAUUGUUGUUAUGUUGUAUGAAGACCCCACUAAAGACCCUUGCUCUGAAGAGAGGUUCCAUGUGGAGUUGCACUUUAGUCCCGGAGUGAAUUGCUGCGUUCAGAAGAACCUACCUCCCGGACCUGGGUUCAGACCACACUCGCGUAACCACUCGACCGCCAAUAAUGAGCAAUCCUCUCCGGACGCGGUGAAGUGUAUCGAGGAGGAAGUGGAAGAUGAUCAAAUGGCGAGUCAGGAAACCUUACAACCAGAUGUAAUAGACGAAUUGGACAGCACAUUUUCAGCGACGAAGUGCUCCAAGUCAAAAUUGCGGCCGUCCGAUCCUAUACCAAUUUGCAAUCUUCAUUACACGGUAAGCGGACACGAAGCGUCUACUCUUGCGGCGCGUCUUAACGAAGAGUUGCGCGCGCGCAGCCACACCCACACAGAUACAAGGGAACAUGCGCAGAGCGAAGAGAAAGAGACAAAAGACGGCGAGGAUCCACAGCCGCGCGCGCGCAGCUACGACCAGCAAAAACAAACGCAUGAUAAUGGGCGGCGACAGCGGCACAGCAUCGCCGGCCAGAUGAGCUACCUCAAGAUGUUGGGGCUCGCGAGGGGAAAGCUGGGGGGUGCGGCGGGGCUCUUCAGCACCGCGGUGAUAUCCGGGUCCAGCUCCGCGCCGAAUCUACGCGUGAUGAUACCGUCGAACGCCACGUCAAAUACGGCGCUGGAAGGUUUCGGCGGUGUGCCAGCGAUCAGACCAUUAGAGACUCUUCACAACGCCCUCUCCUUGCGUCAACUAGAUGACUUCCUCGAGAGACUGACAGCAGCGCCCGUUCAGCCUGUAACCAAGCCUCUGAUCAAGCAUUCUCCAACUAACAGUGUAGGCUGGAGCGGUCCAUCAUCAUUAAUGUCAUCAUCUGGUGAGCUACAAAGUGGCCUGUCUUCCGCUGGACCCUCAUCACCGAAUUCAAACUACGCCGGUUCCGAACAAAAAAAUGUAUCGGAGAGUAGCAAUUGGAGUAAAAAUGUGCCGAGCAAGCUCCCCCAGUGGGACGGCGAGGCGGCGACCUUGUGCGCGUUCGAGCUGCGACCCUACGGCCUGAACGACGUGCUUGCAGGUUCUUCUAUUAGCGGCGACGUGACGCCCGUGUCAGCGAGUUCCGAAACGGAUUUUAACAGCAAUGAGGCGACCGCCGGGUCACUCACCGACCACGACAUCACGAGCGCGGAGGGCGAAGACGACGAAGAAACGCUAACAGUGGACGCGUGUAGUUCUCCUGUCAAAAUAAUCCGGAACGACCUAAGCCCCAUCUGCUCUAGAAACACCCUAAAGCCCAUACACAACAACAUCCCACUAGAAGUAUACAACCUGACUCCACAGCAGACGGAAGCUCUUUUCAAAGACAUCCCGUCCAGUAGCAAAAACUUCAACCGGGAUGAAACAAAAAAAUGCUCUAAAGACCGUCUGCAAUUCAAAAAUUUGGACCCUCUUAAUCUUCAACAGGAUGUCAAAUGCAAUCUGGAUGUCAACACAAAUAGAAGGUACAGCGAUAGUAGCGCACAAAAGGGCACAGUGAACGGAAGUAGAUUCACCACCACACUCAUCUCUGAGGACUGUUUGAAAGCUAGUGCUUCCGAUAGUGAACAUCCCUGA